UUUGGCUUUUUAAUAAGUUGGUGGCUGAUGCAACAGAGGCUUUGCAUCUAUAAAAGCCAGGCAAGGCAGCUGGGAAACUGUUCAGGAAUUUCAGUAGCUUCUGGGAAACAUACUGACCAGUGGAAAGCUAUCCAAAGAUCAUGCAGAACUUGAAAAUUGGAGUUGUCUUAGUUUGUUCAGUCCUGUUGACUCAGACACAUUGUGCUGCGUUGCAUCCACAAAGUUCUGAGCUGAUGAGGCUUAAGAGAAUGACACCUUUCUGGAGAGGUGUCACAAGACCAGUUGGAGCACCAUGCAGGGAUGACAGCGAGUGCUUCAGCAGACUAUGCAGGAGUAAACAUUGUUCUGUAGCAGUAUCAGAAGAAUGAUUCUUCACUAUGGAAAAGAAAAUGCUGUUGCUUCCAUUGACAAUGUUCCUGUUUAUUUAUUACCUGCCUGGAACCACUUGCAUAUAUUUACUGUUUUUCAAUUCAAACCUAUUUUUUUAAACUUUUUAAGAUUUUUAUUUGCAAGAUUCCUUAUAAUAUAUGAUAUAACCAAAGCAAAAGCAAUUCAAACCUUUUUUUUUUUUUUGGAACAGAUGUUAAAUGCACUUGCUAGAAGCUGUUUUAGGCUAUACCUCUGUGAACUUUUAGCUAAGCUUAUAUUGAUCAUUUUUUUUUUAUACUUUGUAUUUCAUUUUUUUUUACCAAUACAUUAAAGCUCUGUUUAAGCAACUA